CAUUUAAAAUAUUUUCUCGUCCAAAUACCCAUAACCAAACACACCUUUACCGUUAUGCCUUAAAAGAGGUGACCCUAAAAGCUCCAGAAUUGUUACUGUAUCUCCUUCUCCUCAUUUUGCAUUUUCAGGAAUUUGAAUUUUCUGUUCGCAAGUCUUGAAGCCAUGGGUGAAGAAUCCGGUCGUCCCAUCAGAAUUAUGAACUUUGUCUCUGAAGAUCAAUUGGUAGAAGCUAAAAAAACAAGGGGAGAACGAGUUGAAGACGGCACUGCCCACAGAGACAGACCUCUCUACGAGAUUCUAAAGGAGAAUAAGGACAAGAAGGAUGCUGAAUUUAACGAAAGGUUCAAACAUAGGCCUCCCAAAGCUUUAGACGACGAUGAGUCUGAGUUUCUUGAAAGUUAUGAAGCAUCAAAAAAGGAAUAUGAACAAAAAGUGGCAGAUGAGGAAGCCCAUCAAAUCCGUAGCUUUCAAGCAGCAAUAGCAGUGCAGUCGAACACUGUGCACGAGCUUAAAGAAAAAGCCCCUGUACCUGCUGCAAUCCAGGAAGAAAAACCUACUGGAAAGAAGAAUCCGGCCUCUCGCCCAUUAGGCAUGAUUAUAAAAGUCAAGCCCCAAGCUAAAAAGGCCAAGUUGGAUGAAGGAAAUACCAAAGAAGUUUCAAAGGCAGGAAUUACUACUCUGACUGAUAAGAGUAAACUUUUAGAACCAGUACAAUCAUUGAAUGGAAAAGCUGAUAAGUCAAGUGAAGUUGCCCAAACUGGCCUUGUUUCAUAUAGUGAUGAAAGUGAUGAUGACUUGUAGUUCGAUAUUUGUAUGAUGAGAAGUUACAUUAUUCUGAUUACUCCUUAUGUGACAGUUAUAGUCAACUAUAUUUAUCUUUGAAGGUUACUGAUCCAUGCAUAAAUAUAUGAUUUCCAACAA